CCCUUCUUCUCGCCUCUUUUUUUAUUGUAGAUUUCCUUUUUUUUUUUAACUUCCCUUCAUGGAUCCCCCCCAAUCUGCUUCGUCCAAUUCUUAUGCUGUGAGCUAUCUUCGCUGAGUUACUUCCCCCGAUUCUGACGGCUCGGUUAGAUCUAGUCGUCGUAGGGAAAAAUCUCCAACACCGAGCCAAGGUUCUUCAGACUCGUCCUCGUCCGAUUCUGAUUUCGCUAAUUUGGCUGAACUUCAACGCCGUUUGUCUUCUAGCGUAGUUGUUUCCAGCUCGUCUCGUAUUUCUUGCAAAGUUCCUUCUUUGAUCGACGAGCCGUUGGAUGAUCUUGGCGUUCCAUUAAAUCAGAUCAGUCGUGGGUCUCUCCCGGUCAUCACUGACCUUCCAGGAGGCACAUUCUCUCCUUUGUCCCCAAAUCCAACUCCAAGCUUGACUAGGCAACUAAAAAGGUCAGGAUUGGGAAAUUUUCUGUACAGCCCAACAUUGUGAUUCCUGCCUGGAGUGACAGUUCAUGGGACAUGCCACCGGGGUCAUCUGCCUUUCUGAAAAGUUCUUCACUUUUUCCCUGCCCUCUUUAUUGUUGAGGUACUUUGCCAGGAGGCAAGUGGUCAUUUCCGAGUUUGCCCAUGCGACCUUCGGCAACGCGGUCAGCCUUUCAUUUUUGCCGAAGCGGGGGGCGUCAAACAUACCUGUGAUCAUUUCGAGGAUCUCACACGGUUGACCCCGACUAACAGGAGGAAGUAACCAGGGGUUUACUAUGUAAGCUCGGUGAAGAAACCGCUGCUCGUCGAAGGAGCAAAAGGAAAAACCUAAAAUUGGGGAGGAUCUAACUUCUUCCUAAAACUGGUUCUCGGGCGUCGAGGAUCCUACAAUCCCUUUGUUUUCUGGGUGGAACCUCUCACCCGGUAGCCGAUUUUGUUCCAAUGUCCUUUUCUUAGCUUCUCGAAUGUGUUCGUUUAACCUUUUCAAUUCCUCUUUUGUUUUUCCAGUUCCUGUUCCAAGGUAUCUUCAUCCUUAUCCUCCUGAUUUUUAAGCCGAGAUUGACGCGAUAACUUUGGUGAGCCCCUAUGCUUUACCAGGGAUAGAAGCAAAGAGAAAGUCACCGUCCAAGAAGAAAUCCACUCCUCAAAGACCAGCUACGGAAAUGGGAAGGUUGAACAUGGAUGUUUCGGACGUUUCAGCUCGCCAUCACCGAGCUCCCGAGGUCUCCUCUACACCUUGCUCAGAUCCUCCUCGCCCUCAUGGUCGGUCAAGUUACAGUCCAACAGGACCCCACUCAUCUCAGAAAAUUGCCUCCCUACCCUGCGACACGCGUUUCCCCGAGGCUCGUGCGGGUAAGCAAGUCGUCAAAGAGACAGCCCCUUUGCCACUAAACCGUCAUAUUAGCCCCGUCGAAAUGGUUUCCCAGGGAAGAAAAGUUGGUAACUCGGGUCGCUCUUCCCUCUCUACUCGUCGAACUGAGCCAGGCAAGAAUCCUCCUCAAAAGUGGAAGGAAGGUGGAAGUCCUGCUCUCACCGACCCUGCGAAGAGGCAAAAGAAAGCAGACUAUCGGUGGGACUUCCACCAUACCACCGCCAACCGUUCUCUCCCUAACAACCCCCCUUCUUGUGCAGAACUGUUUUGCAAGAUCAAUUUCGGAUCAGGCUGUCUUCCUGCCGUCAAGCAAACGAAAGAGAGAGACUCAAUCACCGACGUCACCAAAGCCUUCUUCGAGAUCGUUGCGCUUACGAACCGUAUGACCUUGCGUUACGAGCGAUGUAUUCAUGACCUGGAGACCUCUCGUCCCUUGUCUGUAACACUUCUCGACCCUUCUACAACCGAAAGGGUCUAGUGGCUUGAAGGUCAGCUUGGAGAAGCUCUUCGUUCAAACCAGAAGCUGAGCGAUGAAGUAUCCAGGCUUGCUUAUCAUUGCAACGGCUUAACUGCAAAGAGAGACGACCUUCUCGCCAAGUUUGAACAGUCUGAAGUUUCUCAUAACGGGCUGCAUCUCAUUCUUAACAUUGAGACCAAGAGGCUACGAGAUCAGCAAGACAAGUUUGGUUACUACGAGAGGGUCAGCGAAUAUUGAAGAAUGUUAAAGUGUGUACAGAGACUCCUAAAAAAGCACAAAGAGUAUGCCGAGGUUGUCGAAGCAUCUCAGGCGCAGUUCCUUGAGUACAACCAAGCUGUGGGGAACCUUCGGAUGUUUCAAACACUCGUUGCAGAUCAUCAGAUCUCGUACCUGGUGGAUGGGGUACUCGUUACGACGUUUCAAGUUAAGGAUGAAGUAGGGGAGAUUUUAUGCCCGACAUCACUGAAUCCGAGUUUGAUAUCUCCUCGAUUUUUGCCAAUCCUUUCCCUGAAUGGGUGGAAUGGAUCCCAUCUCCAAGGAGCAAGGGGACUGAACCUCAUGAGGACGAGCAGAUAGAGGAUGGGUCGGAUGGCGACCGAGAUGAGAGGGUUGAAGAGGAGUAGAACGACGAUCCAGAAACGCCGGGUUUUCAAGAGGAUGACUUUGCCAUGAAGGAUGAUCUACGACCUUUGAGCGCAGCUCCCCUGUUGAUGGUCUUGUUGAAUAAGUUCUCUCUUUUUUUGUUCAAAUUCUCUUGUUUGUGCCGUAUUGGUGGUUGGCUCUAUAAUUUUUUUUUAACUCUGAUCUAGCUCGUCGAGCCAGUGUAAUCCUAUUAUCCUGUUUCGCGAUAAUCUGUUUUCUUUGA